UUUACGAGUUUGGUCUACCACACAUGCUAUAAACACUCUCUGAAAUCCCCGAACAAAUCCAAAGCGCUGUGAUCUUUGCCUGCCGACAAGGCCAACCUCACAAUGGCCGCUCCUGCCAAGAUUGACCGGCAAACAACGACGCCGUUCUUAUUACGCCUCUUCUUCAAGCAGGGUUCAUUCCACAGGCAAGUGACAGCAAACCGCAGGGCUACAGUCACACUAACAGGCCCAAGAUUAGAUGAAUUCGACCCGACACUACCGCGUCUUCCAACCAAUGUCCAAAUCUACACAUGGCAGAGCUGCACUCUGCGCGAACUAUGCCAGCUUCUCCUGAGCGCAGUCCCCAGCAUGCUACCACAGCCGUAUGCAGGCGCGCGCAUCGCAUUCCGGCUCGUGUAUCCCGACAUACAAGGAUCCAACCGACCAGGCGCACCAGGCCGAUAUAUAUCGCGGGACAUAGGCUCUGUCAUUGUGGGCGCACCGUCGAGGCACGAUGAUGUAGACAUGGAGGGCAGCGAUGGCGGGAGUGUUGCAGAGGCGCUCAGGCAGCUUGAUGGCGACCCGGACAGGUCCCUCGCUGACGUCAAGUUCCUCAUUGGCGAUUACAUUGCAUGUGCCAUCCUUCCCCCGUUGCCCGACGGCGGCGUACCAGCAGCGCCUCCGCCAUUGUCUGGACCAGGAAGAGGACCGCCUCCUGGCUCGUACGGCGGAAGGGGCAGAGAGAAUGGAUUUGGCGGCCGAGGCGAUUGGGGUGGUGGCUACGGGAGGGGAGGAAGAGGAGGCGGCAGGUUCGACGAUAGAAGAAUGAGUGGCGGGGGUGUGCCAUCUGGAGAAUGGAGAAGAGGCGAGGCACCGCCAGAGCGAGAGUCGGGAUUUGGAAGAGGGAGAGGACGUGGAGGUGGUGAUGAUUGGCGUGACAGAGGCCGAGGCCGAGGCCGGUGGUAGCCAUAUCGUCUGCCAGAGGCUACUCGACAAACUCUAUGGCCGUAUAAUCGCACAAGUCGAAUCCAUGCUCGAGUCAACAGCUGCGAAAAACGCGGCUUUGUUAUAUCCAAAUUUGUACAAAGGAUCAUAUACUUGGACCUUUUUUCAUUCUGGCCCUUAAGCUUCAUUCGACUUUUUUUCUCUUCUCCACGUCCAGUUCUCUAAACUUUAUAUUCGACACAUAGUAUCAGGACAUGGCGAUGCAGCCUUACGCAGCAUCAUGAUUUGAUCCCAGUCCCUUAU